AUGCAAGCAGAAAUUCGUGCACAGCUGCCCGACGUCGAUUCCGUCGUGGUCGAAUAUGCUGCUGGCUACUUGAACCAUGCCGCUCGUCAAUUCAAUGCGGAGAGCGAUCCUCUUGCAGACGCAGCAGCGGUGAUCACCCAGCUGCUGCUGUCUGCAUCAGGGGAUCUGUCUGGUGAGAAUGAGACGUCUGUCCACACCCUGGUCGAGAAAUUUGUGUCUCGCCUCGCAAGUGAGCAUGGUGUGGAUGGCGAACGGCGGCAGCAAGCCCCUUCUGCCAGAAAACUUGACCAGGCACUGCAGGUUGGCUCACAACGAAACAUUUCCACCACACUUGGCCUUACAGGCAAUGCGGUUGACUUGGAAUCCGCCAAUACCCGAAAGGUCGAGUCUCGUGUCGAUAAGAAGAAGCUCGAAAAGGCCGAGCGCAAGCUACGCGCAAAGCAGGACAAGAAAGUCUUCAAAACCGUUGAGUAUGAAGCUUCUCGAUUACUUGACCAACCGGAUGAGCAGCAGUCGUACGAAGAGUUCUUCAUGGCUGUCAAUCCGCUCCAGAUGGGUGCAGAUGCGCAGUCUAAGAGUAAGGAUAUCAAGGUCGAUGGAAUUGACAUUUCCAUUGGGGGCAAGCGUAUCUUGUCAGACACCAGCUUGACCCUUGCAUAUGGUCGUAGGUACGGUCUGGUUGGUCAGAAUGGCAUCGGUAAAUCUACAUUGCUCAGAGCACUCAGCAAGCGUGAGGUGUCCAUUCCUACGCACAUAUCCAUCCUGCACGUCGAGCAAGAAAUUACUGGCGAUGACACUCCUGCGCUCCAGGCCGUGCUUGAUGCUGACGUGUGGCGGAAGCACCUACUCAAGGAACAAGAUAAAAUUUCCAAGGAACUUGCAGAGCUUGAAGCGGAACGAUCUUCUAUGGCCGACACAUCUGCAGAUGCAGCCAGGUUGGACAAGCAGCGCGAAGGUCUAGACACGACGCUCAGUGAUGUUCAAGGGAAGCUGGCCGAGAUGGAGUCCGACAAAGCUGAAUCGAGAGCAGCUAGCAUUCUGGCAGGUCUUGGCUUCUCACAUGAAAGGCAGCAAUACGCCACGAAGACAUUCUCCGGAGGAUGGCGCAUGCGUCUCGCUCUUGCAAGAGCCCUGUUUUGCGAGCCUGAUCUUCUCUUACUUGACGAACCUUCGAAUAUGCUUGAUGUACCGUCUAUUACCUUCUUGUCGAACUACCUUCAAGGAUACCCCAGCACAGUAUUGGUUGUCUCCCACGAUAGAGCUUUCCUGAACGAAGUCGCAACCGACAUCAUCCACCAGCAUUCCGAACGUCUGGACUACUACAAGGGCGCCAACUUUGACUCGUUCUAUGCCACAAAAGAGGAGCGCCGAAAGACUGCUAAGCGGGAAUAUGAGAAGCAGAUGGCAGAGCAUACAAUGCCGCCAAGUCCUCCGAAGCUCAGUCUCGCAUCAAAAAGCUGGAGAAGAUGCCUGUUGAAGAUGCCUGUUCUUGAGGCGCCAGAGGCGGAGUACAGUGUUCAUUUCAAGUUCCCUGAAGUCGAGAAGCUCUCGCCACCUAACGUCAGCUUCGGCUACAGCAAGGACAAGAUACUACUGAAGAAUGUGGAUCUAGAUGUGCAGCUUGAUUCUCGAAUAGGAAUUGUUGGUCCUAAUGGAGCAGGAAAGACCACGGCGCUCAAGUUGCUGAUAGGUGCACUGUCACCGACUUCUGGUCUGAUCUCUCAGAAUCCGCGAUUGAGGAUUGGCUUCUUCGCGCAGCACCACGUCGAUGCACUAGAUCUGAACGCUAGCGCUGUCGGCUUCAUGACGCAGAAGUACCCGGGCAAAUCCGACGAAGAGUACAGGCGUCACCUGGGAGCAUUUGGUAUCACUGGCAUGACUGGCCUCCAAAAGAUGGGACUGCUGUCUGGAGGCCAAAAAUCGCGUGUUGCAUUUGCCUGCUUAGGACUGGCAAAUCCUCACAUACUAGUGCUUGACGAGCCUAGCAACCACCUUGAUAUCGAAGCUAUGGAUGCCCUCAGCACUGCUCUUCAGAAUUUCGAAGGAGGUGUGCUAAUGGUAUCCCACGACGUCACUAUGCUGCAAAAUGUUUGCACUAGCUUGUGGGUUUGUGACAAUGGUUCUAUCGAGCAUUUCGAAGGCACUGUAAAGGACUAUAAGCGGCGCAUCACUGCCCAAGCGGCAGCUGCUGGACAGGCUGGUGUGGUCGUUCAGCACUAG